GGAACAAGGACUUUUUCAUUCCUUGCUCGUUUGAUUCAGACCCUGGUUUCUGUACUUCAUGCAAAAAAAUGGGUCACGCCUCUCCUAGUUGCAAGACACAGUUACCUACCGGGAAACUCGCCAGAAAGGGUAAAGCUGUUGAACUUGGAGAUACUGGGGAUCAGUCUUGGAAUACAGCCAAAGAGAAAAAGAAAAAUACAAGCAGAUUGAUAACCCCUGUCAACAGUCAUUACAAUCAAAAGUGGGUCAUUAAGGAGAGGACUGGAACAACAACUAUCUGCCAAAAUUCUUUCCACUUGCUAGAUCAAUCCGUGGACACCCAGCCUUCUCACAACAUUGCUCCCAACAACCCUCCAAAUAAUCUCAGCCACACCACUUGCACUUCACUGCCUUCUGGGCCACACUCUCCAUCUUGCAGCAGGGACCCACCUGAUACAAACACUAUACACGAUGAGUUUUUUCCAUCCCUAUCAGAAGCGAAGGAAUAUGCCAAGAAAAUUCCCAAAAGCCAGCAACAAGUAACAUUUAGUGUUAAUACACCCACCUUGAUCUCCAUGGAUGACUGUCUCCACAGAAAUGCUGAUCUGGGUCUUGGCUUCCUUCUGGGCCCCCAGCAUUGCCACAACUCACCUGCAAAAUCCAACAAUGCCUUUCAACUUGGGUAUCACUCAGAAGUUUAUGGUAAACAUACUGGAAUUAAAAGAAGGCAACUCUGGAAUGACAUAUCUAAUAAUAUUAUUGUUGAUACCCUUUGGAUUGUUGGGGGAGAUUUCAAUGCUAUAUCCUCCAUUGAUGAACAUAAAGACACAUCUACUCCUAACCUCACAGACAUUACUGAAUUUAAAGACUGUUUUGAGGCCAUCCCUCUUAUCAGCCCCUCCUUCACAGGGGGGUUGUACACAUGGAGUGGGGUCAGGGGUAGAGGAAGGUUAUGGAGGAGGCUGGAUAGAGCUUUGGUUAACUCAAAGGCAAUGGAUUUCUUUUCUGAAGUUACUAUAAAACAUCUUAGCAGAGCGACCUCUGAUCAUAAACCUAUUUUCUUACACUGCUCACUGGACUCCUUCAAGGGAGCCAAGCCUUUUAGAUUCCAAGAUUUCUGGAUAUCACACCAUUCCUUCUAUAAAGUAGUGGAGGACUACUGGAAUAUGCAACCAAUGAUUGGAGGAAUGAGGGGCCUGGCUGUAAAACUACAGGGACUGAAACCUAUUCUCAAAGCCUGGAGUAAGGAUACCUUUGGAGAUAUUUUUGAAACUGUCAAGAAGGCUGAACUUAAAGCUUUAAAGGCACAAGAGGACUAUGAAACUAACCCCGGGGACACUCUAAAAUGCCUUGCUAAUCAAGCCAAUGCUGAACUUAUAGUGGCUUCAAACAGAGUAACCACCUAUUGGAAACAAAAAGCUCACCUAAAGUGGAUGGAACUUGGUGACCGAAACUCUUCCUUCUUCCACUCCUAUGUGAAGGGUAGGAGAGCUAGUCUGAAGAUUAGAUCAGUUUCAACAGCUGGGGGCAAAAAACUCUUCCAGGAGGAGGAUAUUAAAAAUGAGGCUGUGGAAUACUUCAAAAAUGUCUUCAGCAGUAUCACUUUAGUGGAUGUCCAGGAGAUUCUUAGACAUAUUCCUACACUAAUCACCACUGAGGACAAUAACUCCAUGACACUAAUUCCUGAGGAAGAAGAAAUCAAAAAGGCAGUGUGGGAGCUUAAUCCUAAUGCAGCAUCAGGUCCAGAUGGAUACAAUGGAGUUUUCUUCAGAACUUGUUGGAGCAUUAUUAAGGAGGAUGUGGUGAAAGCUUCUCAAGAAUUCUUUAUGGGUCUCCCUAUCCCUAAAUCUUUUGGAUCAACUUUCAUCACCCUAAUCCCUAAAAAGGAGGACUGCAAGAGCUUCUCUGACUUCAGGCCCAUCUCACUCUCAACUUUUAUGAGCAAGAUAAACUCCAGGAUACUCACUNCAUCUAGCGGAGGAACAUGCAGAACAAAUUGGAGACCAAGUUUUAUGGAAAGGGGGACAGUUUACACUCAAAAAGGGAUACAAUGCGUGUAGAAAUGCAAGGAACUCACAAUUAGGAUACAAGCUAGCAUGGCACAAGCUACAAAUCCCCAAAAUUAAAAUUUUUCAAUGGAA